AAUACAUAGACGGCACUACAUGUGCGUGCUUAUAAAUAUCAAAUUCUCAGUUUUCAGCUCAUCAAGGCAUGCUUACAAAUUUUCUUCAGCAUUUGUGAUAAUUAUUAGAAAGAAGAGAAGAUGGAGGGAAUAGAACACAGGACAGUGGAAGUGAACGGCAUCAAAAUGCACAUUGCAGAGAAAGGACAAGGCCCUGUGGUGCUAUUCCUCCACGGCUUCCCUGAGCUCUGGUACUCUUGGCGCCACCAGAUCUUGACUCUCAGCUCCCGCGGAUACCACGCGGUGGCUCCCGAUCUCAGAGGCUACGGUGACACAGAAUCCCCUGCUUCAAUAACCACCUACACAUGUUUUCACAUAGUGGGUGACAUCGUUGCACUCAUAGACCAUUUGGGUGCCGAACAAGUCUUCCUUGUAGCUCAUGAUUGGGGAUCCAUCAUCGGUUGGUACCUCUGCAUGUUUCGCCCUGAAAGAGUGAAAGCCUAUGUUUGCCUCAGUGUCCCUUUUCUCCCCAGAAACCCUGAAAUCAGGACUGUUGAUGGCAUGCGCCAUGCGUAUGGAGAUGACUACUAUAUCUGCAGAUUUCAGGAGCCAGGGGAAAUGGAGGCUCAGAUGGCUGAAGUUGGAACUGAAUAUGUGCUGAAAAAUAUCCUUACAACUCGGAAACCUGGUCCUCCAAUCUUUCCCAAAGGAGAGUAUGGAACUGGAUUCAAUCCAGAUACCCCUAAUACCCUGCCCUCUUGGCUCACACAAGAGGAUCUUGCUUAUUUUGUCUCCAAAUUUGAGAAAACUGGUUUCACUGGAGGACUGAACUAUUACAGAAACUUGAACUUAAAUUGGGAGCUGACAGCACCAUGGAGUGGAGGGAAAAUCAAUGUGCCUGUGAAGUUCAUAACAGGAGAGUUAGACAUGGUGUACACCUCUCUAAACAUGAAGGAGUAUAUUCAUGAUGGAGGAUUCAAAGAAGAUGUGCCAAAUUUGGAGGAAGUGAUUGUGCAGAAAGGAGUGGCUCACUUCAACAACCAAGAGACACCAGAUGAAAUUAGCAAUCACAUAUAUGACUUCAUCAAGAAAACCACAUUCCUAGUUAAAUCCGUCAACAACAACAUCUCUUUCUCAUUCUCUCCCUCUCGUGAUAGUAAUAUAUAUCACUGUCCACAGUCCUCACCGCACAGCACACAAAGCACCAUGGAAACCAUACAACACACGACGGUGGAAGCCAACGGCAUCAAAAUGCACGUGGCGGAGAAAGGCCAAGGCCCCGUCGUGCUCUUCCUCCACGGCUUCCCGGAGCUCUGGUACACGUGGCGCCACCAGAUUCUCUCCCUCAGCGCCCUCGGCUACCGCGCCGUCGCGCCCGACCUCCGCGGCUACGGCGACACCGACGCCCCCGCUUCCGUCACCAGGUACACCUGCUUCCACAUUGUCGGCGACGUCGUUGCGCUCAUCGACUCGCUUGGCGUCGACCAGGUCUUCCUGGUGGCGCAUGACUGGGGAGCUAUGAUUGGGUGGUACCUCUGCUUGUUCCGCCCUGAGAAAAUCAAAGCCUAUGUUUGCCUCAGUGUUCCUUUCAUGCCCAGAAACCCCAAAGUCAAGCCUGUUGAUGCCAUGCGUGCUUUGUAUGGAGAUGAUUACUACAUCUGCAGAUUCCAGGAGCCAGGCAAAGCUGAAGCUGAACUGGGUAAAGUUAGCACUGAGUUGGUAAUAAAAAACGUGCUCACUGGUCGCCGGCCUGGUCCACCAAUCUUGCCAAAAGAAGGGAUGGGGUCCAAUCCAGAUGCUACGAGACCCCUUCCCUCUUGGUUAUCACAAGAAGAUGUGGCUUAUUACGCUUCCAAAUUCCAAAAGACAGGCUUCACUGGUGGCCUUAACUACUAUAGAAACCUAAAUUUAAAUUGGGAGCUAGCAGCAGCUUGGACUGGAGCACAAGUUAAAGUGCCCGUGAAAUUCAUCACUGGUGACUUGGAUGUAGUGUACACUUCACUAGGGAUGAAGGAUUAUAUAAAUAGCGGUGCUUUCAAGAGAGAUGUGCCAAAUUUGGAGGAAGUGGUUAUACAAGAAGGGGUGGCUCAUUUCAACAACCAAGAAGCAGCUGAAGAAGUCACUAAUCACAUUUAUGAUUUUAUCAAGAAGUUCUAAUCUUAUUAACCACUCAUUUGUCUCUGCUCACACAGUUUGAUUAAAAUAAAUCGAUUACCACUAUGUGGCUAUGCAUGUGCUACUUGGGCAACUUGAUGUUACGUACGUUUGCAGGCUCGUUGAUUAUUUAAGCUUUGUUUUUGUUCGUGAUCGUGACAUUGUGGAAACUGGAAAUGUACCACUCAUUCGAAUAGUUUACUUGUCUAGAUCGCAGUCCUGAAGUUAUAAUUUA